AUGGCCACUGUGCUGGAGCACCCGUCCCUUGUCCUGAAUUCAGACGACGAAGAUGGGCGUCAUCCGACAGUAGACGACAUCCAAGAGGCCCUGGAGAAACAACCAAAACCCAACAGGGUCACGGAUUACAAUGUAGAGGAGGCUGCUUUUUGGAGGACCGGACAUCUACCUGCAGGAUCGGUCAUCGAGUUUCAGGAUCCAGAGACACCGGAAGAAGAGCUUCCACCGCUGGUCGCCCUCCUAGUGCUGGGAACGGUUUCCCGCGACACAGGAAUUUGGGUGGAAGUGAAGGUGCUUGGAUCCGAAUCCGCGGCCGAGAAGAAGGCGGAGAAGUAUUUCAAGGAUGGUCGUCACCGCGUACAUAUUUGUUACCCCAGUGCAGAGGGGGGUUGCCCUUUGGACGAAGAAGCUGGUCUUCACUUGCGCAAAUUCAGAUGGUAUCCACCUGGAGAGCUAGAAGCAGAGUGGCUGAAUGCGACUGCAAGGAAGGCCAUUGCAAAGGGAAAGGAGAUGGAACUGGAAGAGUUGAAAAAGAAGCGCAAAGAUCCGCGCUCUCCUACGGGAGGAGCUGGACGUGGCGCGCCUUUGGGCGAAACUCCAGUGGAAAAGAGGUUGAGCGCGCUGAGAGCCCGAAGGGUUUCCUUUGCAGAGCCAGUGGUGUCGCCAGGCACGGCACGGGCAGACUCCCCACGGGAGCCCCGGGCUGGUGCUGGUGGCAGACCGGCCGCCUCAGCCUCACAGGCACUGGUCCCCUUAAAGAAGGUGAAGGAGGAGGUACAGACAAUAGACUCAGAGACAGAUCAGGAGGAGGUAAAGAAAACGAAGAAGAAGAAGAAGAAGACCCUGGGCGACACGUUGGCCAAGGCCGCACGUCUCAGGAAUGCGGUGGAGGAGAGAUCCGAGAAGAAGAAGAAGAGAAGAUCCCGAAGUCGAUCCCGCAGCAGGAGACGGCGGCACAAAAAGAAGGAGAACUCCACGGACUCAGACAGCGAGAGGUCGAGCAGGGGUCGAAGUUCCUCAGGGGACGAGAGCCUGAUGGCGCCCCUCCGGAAAAGGUCGCAACGAUCGCCGGGCUCCGUCUACAAGAUGUUGGAGGAGCUGGCCGUCGAGCGGCUGUCGGUGGAUGGGGUUGUCGAAGAAGGCUACGAAGCCUUGGGAUUACGCGGUCAGAGGCCGAAAAUCCUGACCUACUUCCAGUUGGUAUUGAAGCCUCAGAUGGACAGCAAGGGCCGCGACUGCAAGGAGCUGGCGAUGUUAGCCAGAUCCCUAGAUCUGCUGAGAGAUGGGCGGCUGGCGGAACUAGCCGAUGUGAUGGCCGCCCGUCUCAUGGCGAUCCAUACAGCGACAAAGCAGGGAUGGCAGACAGCCAGGCAUCUGGAAGUGUUUGCAGAGGAGGACGACUCCGCCGCGCCCCCACACGUGUUGCUGUCGGCCCAGCGCCACGCGCGACAGGUGGAAAAGGCUGGCGGAAAGGGAAGUUGGCCUUCCAGAUCGCCUUGGCAAGGAGGAGAAUGGGCCUACGACAACAGGAAUUCAGCAUGUGACGGUGCUCAACCUGCGCCGCAUCUUUUUGGAAGCAGAGACCCUGGCAGCAAAUCCGAGUGGUUGGCGGGCCUUACAGGCGUGAGCAACCUGUUGGAACUGGGAGUAAAGCUGGCAUGGGGGUUGAGGGAAGAGCUGCUUUAUUUCAAGCCUGCUCGUGCUAGGCCCACACAAGCGGCCACGGGCCACCGUGGCUGCUUGUUCCCCCUGCCGGUUCAACUUCCAGGCAACUUGAAAUGGAGUGUCGCUGAUUUGAAGUCCUGCGACUUCCAUGCUCUGGCCCUCGACUGCUGGGUGGCUGUCGGCUGCGCUGCCAUCAACGCGCUGUAUGACAGCCCCAACGCGGGCUUCGCACGGGCGCCAGGAAAAGUGCAUAAAGCAAUUCUGGUGGAGCUUAAGGAUAAGGUAACUUCAGCAAGUACAGAGGCACGGUCCUGGUGGCAAAUCUACCUGGACAAUUUUAUGUCUGCUGACGUUGGUGGACCACCUCAUGGCUUUGGUGAUGUUGAGCUACAGGAGCGUGCCAUGAAGGUAACCUGUUCAGACGCAUCUGAAACGGGUGGAGCAGCAGCGGUCAGCAAAGGGUUGACGUGGUACAACGAUGGGCUUCACUGUGGCCACAUGUGGAGGAACUUCAUCUUUUCGCUGGUUUUCCAUGCGUGCAUUUGUCUUCGGCACGUAAAGUUCUGCAUUGAAAAUGUGGCGUCGAUGGAUGAGUCAGCUAGAGAUGAAAUCUCCUCCCAGCUGGGGAUUUGCCCUGUCAAACUGGAUCCUAGUGAUAGUUUGCCUUACAAUAGACCACGUUUUGCCUGGGUGUCGGAGCCUAUUUUUGAGAUGGAGGGCUUACAGCUGUGGUCGGAAAAGGAUUAUUUCAGAGCCUACACCACCAGCAGGGAGAUUGACACCAAGCAAUGGAUUCGCCCAGGGUGGACCUGGGAAGGACUAGCCUCUGGGGCAACAGUUCACCCGUCGGUGGAAGUUCCGCUGACGCGGUGGUUGUGUUACGGUGGCGACGUGGACAAGCCAGUUCAGGACGUUGAGAUCGUCCAGAAUCCUCCGCCAAGCUUGGAAGAUGUUUCGAGCGUGGCGACGUAUAGAGUCACCGCAAAGAGCACCACCUAUGCGCGACGUUCCUUUUGCAAGAAGGAACGCCAAUCGAUGUCAUUCUCCUGCGAGGGCGUUGGCGCUCGCUGGGAGUGGCAAGAUUGUAUCUUGAAGAUGGAUUGGCACAGGAAAUGCGAAGCAAAUUUCCAAGAUGGCUUCGACACGUCGACACGUCUCAAAACCAUGGAUCCAGUUGUGGUAGCCGCCACCCUGACUGAGAAGUCCCAUGAAGCGCUGCGCCAAGAAGGACUUGAUCCCAUCUUGGCAUCAGACUUGAAGGCUUCAAAGCUGAAGUUUUCGCAGGUGGUGUUUUGUGCGCCUCCCAGUAGGGGUGAGGCCGGUGACUAUGCGAAGUCAGUCACAGACGCCCUGGAGCAUCUGGUUGAGGGGGGGAUUGGCGUGUUCACCUCCUCCGCUAGCGUCUUCGCGGAGGACUCUGGCAACUCUGUGGACGAGUCCGGCGCACUUUCCGACAGUGGCAGCGCGCAACGGAUGUUGGCUGCUGAGGAGGCUGCACAGCGAGGUGGUAGCGCUGUUUUGAGACUGGCCGGGCUCUACGAUCUCGAAAGAGGUCCUCAUAGCUACUGGCUGAAAGUGGGUGUGGUGAAAGGCGCGCCUAAUGGUCUCAUCAACUUGGUUCACUAUGAUGACGCUGCGCAAGCAGUUGUCGAUGCGAUUAAAGCCAGAAGACGAGAGGUCUAUGUCAUCUCCGAUGGUGUCCCCAUCAGCCGCCGCGACAUCUGCGCGGCAGCGGUGAGGUCCAAGCACUUUGCUGGAAAGGAGCUGCCCACCUUUGAGGCUCCUGCUGAACUGCCAAUGGGUGGAACGAAUGGGAAGCGAUUGGAUGCAAGCAAGGCACGGCAGCAACUAGGCUGGCACCCGCGAUAUGUAUCCUUUGCGGAGUACAUGGCUGCACACUGACGUUGACGACUGCGCCACAAUGGCCGAAGGAUGCCGAAGAACCCCUGGGUUUCUGAGCUGCUGACAAGCAGCACUGGCAGAGGC